GUGUUUUUUUAAAAUGGCCACCGCUACAUUAUCUAACGGGGUUACGCCUACAAAGUAUCAGAAACAUUCUGACUUUCCAGGAAUCCAAUCUCUGUACAAUUUUCGACAAGUUGAAUCAAAGAAUGGAAUUACUACUAAAAAGCUGUUGUUUCGAUCGUCUCGACCAGACUUGCUUCACGCUGACGAAGUGGAUGAGUUCAUGGGUUUGGGCAUAAAAUGUAUAAUCGACCUUCGUUCGCAUGCUGAGUUUUCGUUUGUAGAAGGAAAUAAGUACUUACAAACAAAAGGUCUUUACGGGACAUGUGUAAUUAACUUACCUAAAAACCGAAAUUACAAGCCCGGGGAAGAAGUUUCGUGCACAGAAAAGGACCACAACACAGGAGAGGAAGUGUCCGACGCAACAUGUCACCAUUAUCUGAUAGAUUUCUUUCAGAAGGCUUACAUAAAAAACAUUGUUAACAGGGCGCCUUGGUAUGUGAAAAUCUUAUCAAUCUUUGUUUUUCUUUUUGACGUGUUAUUUCGGACAAACUUCUACUACUUGGUGCGAUUGUUUGGAUAUUUUGUGUUGAACCCAGGAGGACUAGCAAGCACUUACAUCGAUAUUCUGGAACUGAGCCAGACAAGUAUUUGUGCAGCUCUGAAGCUUCUGACAAAGAAGGAAAACCUUCCAGCUCUCAUUAACUGUGCUCAUGGAAAAGAUCGUACUGGAAUCACGUCAGCGUUGGUCCUCCUGUUACUCGGCGAAACGACAGAAAAUGUAAUUCAAGAUUACACACAAUCAGAGAAAGCGCUGGAGCCGAUAAAAUCAAGACUUCAUGAUGAAAUAGUCAAGAGAUUCAACUGGGAUGAGUCGUUUAUGUACGCCAAGCCAGAGACUUUAGAGACGGCUCUUAACCACAUCCAUCACAAGUAUGGAUCGGUGGAAAACUACCUAGAAUCAAUAGGAUUUGGCCGCAGUGAGCAGCAACUCCUUCGCGAAAAUCUAGGAUACAGUCCAGACAGCAUCACAUUUAAUUGACCAAAGCACUGCUGUGUUUAGUUAGCUAUAACAUGUUUUAACUGCUUAUAUUAUUUAAUUAAAUCCUUGAUUACAGAAAAACCUACUUUAGUCAGAGUCCAAUAAUGAGCUUUGAUGCUCGAGUUUUUGACCAUCAAAUUUUCAGGAAAUUUUUAGAUAAUAAGAGUCAUUUGAAAACUUUUCAACACCUGGCCAAUGGCACCUGUCUAAUCUGACCUCUCAUCCUGUAUAUUUUAGAAUAAUUCUGUUUCUGUAAAGGUGUCAUAUUAGACAGGUUAAUCUGAUCUAUAUGUUCUGUCUAACAGGGUGUCAGAUUAGACAGAACAAUCUGACCGAUAUGUUGUGUCUCAGAGUGUCAGAUUAGACAGGUUAAUCUGACCAGUAUGCUGUGGUCCACAGGGUGUCAGAUUAGACAGGUCAAUCUGACCAAUAUGUUGUGUCGAACAGGGUAUUAGAUUUGAUAGAUUAAUAUGUUGUGUUAGAUUUGACAGGUUUCAUGUGAUUCUUUUUUAGCAUUUCAAUAAAAAAUGAAUCAUAAUCAUUUAUUACAUUUUGACAUAAUGUAUUUAUUACAUAAUUGUAAUUACAUAAACUAUUACAUAAUUGCUCAAACCAUUGUAACUAUGGAAGUUAACCAGACAUCACACUUGUUCAUUGUAAGCUUUAUAUAAUUUUUCUUGGUAACUUUUUUUUUUUUAAAGAUAUCAUGUAUAAAUAAUUACAAAUUAUUUCAUUAUGCAUGCCUUUUCAGCUUUAAUUGUUCAUUUUGAUACACUAUAUUUACACAAUCUUUCAACAUUUCUCAAUUUAAAUAUAUUGAGUCAGUUGUUGUUACCUGGGAUAGCUUAACAAAUCAUUAACAUACAUUGUAAAUUUAAAUUAAAAAUUAUGAUUUUUAAAUUUGCAAAUAUUUUUUCUAUUGAUAAAUGUUUGGAUCCCUGUAUAUUCAAGUUUGAUUCAGAAUUCAAUAUGUUGACACUACUAUUUUACUACUACUUCUAUAACAAAGUAGGCCCGGAUAGUGGAAGCGUUGUUAGCUUAAAAGGUCAUUAACUCAAAUUUUGUACAGGUAAUAUUAAAAAUAUUUUUUAAAUCGUUGAAAUCCCUAAUGACAUACGAGAAGUGAUUUGGAGUUGAGUGUGAUACUCUGUUAACCAGAAGUAGGAGUAUUUCACCUUGUACUGCUUCUACAUCUGUUCUCUUCUGUGGGUUGUUCUUUAUAGGCAGGUUUUUGUUCUUUACCUAAAGGAGGAAGUUUAUAGACAGGCUUUUGUACUCCUCCUAGGUGUGUGGGUUCCUUAUAGUCAAGUUUUUGUUAUUUGCCUAUGGUGAGUCUUUAUAGACAAGUUGUAAUUCUCCUAGGGAAGGAGGUCUUUAUAGGUUUUUGUUAUCGUCCUAGGUGUGAGGGUUCUUUAUAGACAGGUUUUGUACUCUUAGGGGUGAUGGUUCUUUAUAGACAGGUUUUUGUACUCCUCCUAGGAGAGGGGUGCUUUAUAGACAGGUUUUUGUUAUCUGCCUGGAGUGGGGGUCUAUAUAGUCAGGUUUUUGUAUGCCUCCUAGGGGUUGAGGGUUCUUUAUAGUCAGGUUUUUGUACUCUUUCUAUGUGGAGGGGUUCUUUUUAGACAGGGUUUUGUUUUCUGCAUUGGGAGGGGGGUCUUUAAAGUCAGGUUUUUAUUAUCGCCCUAUUGGGAAGGGGUCUAAACAGGUUUUUAUUAUCUCCCUAGGAGAGGGGGUCUUGAUAGACAGGUUUUUGUACUCCUCCUAGGGGUGAGGGUUCUUUAUAGACAUGUUUUUGUUAUCUGCAUGGGGCCCCAAAGGGGGUCUUAAUAGUCAGGUUUUUGUUAUUUGCCUAGGGAUGAGGGUUCUUUAUAGACAAGUUUGUGUUCUCCUCCUAGGGGUGAGGGUUCUUUAUAGACAGGUUUUUGUCAUCUUCAGAGUGUUUUUUUUUAUAGACAGGUUUUUGUUAUCUCCCUAUUGUGAGGGGGUCUUUAUAGACAGGUUUUUGUUAUCUCCCCAUUUGAAGGGGGCCUUUAUAGACAGGCUUUUGUUCUCUUCUUAGGGGAGGGUUCUUUAUAGAAAGAUUUUUGGUCAUCUCCCGAGGGAAGUUUCUUUUUAAAUAGACAGGUUUUUGUCCUCUUCCAAGGGGAAGUUUUUUAUAGACAGGUUUUCGUUAUCUCCCUAGGAGAAGGGGUCUUUAUAGACAGGUUUUUGCUCUCUUCUGAGGGAAGUUUUUUUGAUAGACAGGUUUUUGUUCUAUUUGGAGGGAAGGGUUUUUUAUAGACAGGUUUUUGUUCUCUCUGGUGGAAAGUGGGUUUUAUAGACAGGUUUUCGUUAUCUCCCUAGGAGAGGGGGUCUUUAUAGACAGGUUUUUGCUCUCUUCUGAGGGAUUUUUUUUUGAUAGACAGGUUUUUGUUCUCUCUGGAGGGAAGGGGUUUUUAUAGACAGAUUUUUGUUCUCUCUGGAGGGAAGGGGGUUUUAUAGACAGGUUUUUGCUCUCUUUCUAGGAGGGGUAAGAAGUCUUUAUAGGCAGGUUUUUUUUGUUUUCUCCAUAGGAAAGAGGUUUUUGGUCCAUUUCUUGGUUGGUAUUUAAAUAGCAGAUUUGGGUCUCUGCCUUGGAGUCUUAGUACAUAAGUUUUUUGCUUCUUUACAUACAAGUUGGCUCUCUCCUUAGAUAAGUCUUUAUGAAGCGAUGUUGCUUUCUCCCUUGAGUUGACCCUCUAGAAAGGGCGCUAAGAUGGCCAAGUGGUUAAGGCGUCUGACAUUCAGCUACCACUAGCCCUUCACCUCUGGGUCAGGGUUCAAGGCCUAC